AUGAUGGCCCAAAGAAAGCUACAACAAGAAAUUGACCGUGUGUUUAAGCGGGUCAAUGAAGGGUUGAUGGGAUUUGAUUAUCUUUAUGACAAAGUAAUAAGUUGUGAAAACCCAUCGCAAAAAGAGAAACUUGAGAGUGACUUGAAGAAAGAAAUCAAGAAGCUUCAAAGACAAAGAGAACAGAUCAAGAAUUGGAUAAGUGGUAAUGAUGUCAAAGAUAAGAAACCUCUUCUCGAGUAUAGAAAGAAAAUUGAACGCCAAAUGGAAAGAUUCAAGCUUGUGGAGAGAGACAUGAAAACAAAGGCAUUUUCAAAAGAAGGAUUAAACAUGGAAAAGAAAUUAGAUCCAAGAGAACGUGAAAAGAUUGAAGCCACAGAUUUCGUUAGUGACAACAUUGAGAAAAUUAAUCAGCAGAAUGAAGGACUUGAGGCCAAGAUCCAACAAAUUCAAUCAACAGUCAAGAAAAACAAAAAGGUUUCUUUAUCCAAACAAUCUCAGAUUGAUGGAUUUCAAGAAAUUAUGGAUAGAAACAAUUGGCAUUUGGCCAAAUUGGAAACCAUUUUGCGAUUUUUGGAAAAUGGUAAAUUGGAACCAGAUCAGAUCAGCGAUAUUAAAGAAUCAAUCACUUACUAUGUUGAUAGCAACCAAGAUCCAGACUUCUAUGAUGAUGAUACAGUAUAUGAUGAAUUGGGAUUAGAUGAAGUGGAGCCUACUUUUGGCCCUGUUGGAGAAUUCGUUAGUGCUAACGCUGAUUCUGAUGAGGAAGAUGAAUCUGAUGAUCACGAGGAAAUAGAUAAGCAGAAAAAAGAUAACAUUCAUACUAAUGAGUUGACAAACUCGGUUAAGGAUUUGUCCAUAUCCUCAAAUAUUACUCCAACCAAGAAACAUCAGGAAAGCCCUGUGAUAAGAGCCUCGACUCCAUCAAACACAAUAUUAAAUAGUUUGAAACCUGCUCCUGUCCCAAAGAAUAAUGAAGUUAAAUACUCAACUCUAGUUCAACAACAGGCGUCGCCGCAACAACAAAAAAUGUCAGCAUCAAGCUGCACAGCUUCUGGCUCUGUCAAGGCAGUAAAGCCAACAACGACUUCAACGCCUGUACUUUCAUAUUCUAAACUUGUUAGUAAUUUAGCAGCUGCUACUGAUUCGAGUAAAUCUAUAAUGUCUACUCCACCUCCUAUUAAUGCUGAAAAAUCUCAAGUUAGUAUCAAAGAAUCAGAAAAAUUUGAAGUCAAAGAUGAAGAGCACCAAGAAGAGGUUAUUCAUACCAUUGAUAAAGUAUUGGCAACACUCCCGGGCUUGUCAGAUCUUGUGCCAUUAUUUGAGCAAAAUAAAAACAAAGUGGACUUGUUUUAUCAGCAAGAGGUUCUCGGUGAAAGAAUUGAGCCAAGCAGUGAAUCAUUCAAUAGUGCAGCCAUUUUCAAGUAUAUUUCUAAUUCUUUGAUAAAUUGUCCUGAUUCUGUUGACUCUGAAAAGCCAUUUAAUUAUUUUGCUUCAAAACCUCAUCCAACUUCUAUCGAUUAUCCUGUGUUUGAGAAGAAUAUUGAUAGUUUGAAUAACUUGCAGGAGGGUCAACAAAAACAGGCGGGUAUUGAUAAUAAAAACAAUUUCUGUUUGAUAAAUGGAUUUAAUAAAGAUUUAUUCAAAAAGUUAAGCAUAGAAACACUCUUCUAUAUUUUUUACUAUGGAGAUGAUAAUGGCUCGAAUCCUAACUAUUAUUUGAAUUUCCAACAGAAACAGACAAUUUUAACAAAUCCAAAGGACAUUCUUUUAAGUAAGGAAUCUCCAUCUUCUGCAAAUGCGACUGUUACAAUAACAGGAAAUAAUGUAUCAACCGAGCAGGAAAAUUUUAAUGAGCCUAAUUCCUCAUUGCUUGAUUUCAAUGACUAUGACAAUGGUUCAUAUAUUCAAUAUUUGGCAUUGAGAGAACUUCAAGCAAGAAACUGGAAAUUUAAUAAGAAAUUGCAUGUUUGGUUCCAAAGAAUAGAUAAUAUUGAUUCUACUGAUAUCAAAGGAAGUAAUAUUUACAAAUUCUUUGAUUUUGAGGUUGACUGGAGUAUCAAAUUGAAAGAAAUUGAGUUGGAUUUUAAUAAUGAUGAAUUUGAAAAAUGGUGA